GGAAACAAAAGCUUAUUGGUUAAUCUUGGGAGCGAACCCACGCCUUCCCCAAAAAGAAAGAAGCAAGGAAAGCUUUCUAUCGAUCUCUUUCUUUCUGUCUUUGUUCCUGGGGCCUCUUUCUCUCUCUCUCUCUCUCACCUGCCCUUGUUCUCUGCUGCACUGUCCCUCCUCCUUUGGUGGGUGGGCCUUUCUGCAACCCACCCACCACCUCUCAAUCUCUCUCUCUCUCUCUCUGUGAACAGGAUGGAUAAUCCACACUCUGGGAAGCUUGAAUAUGGAUGCAAACACUACAGGAGGAGAUGCAAGAUAAGAGCGCCUUGUUGCAACGAAGUGUUUGCGUGCAGGCACUGCCACAAUGAGAUUAUGAAUCAUUGGAGCAGUGAUAAUCCCCAUGAACUUGUUAGGCACAACGUUGAGCGCGUCAUUUGUGCAGUUUGUGAUACUGAGCAGAAGGUGUCUCAAAUAUGCGUAUCAUGUGGUGUCAACAUGGGGGAAUAUUUCUGUGGCGUUUGUAAAUUCUACGAUGAUGAUACUACCAAGGAACAGUUUCACUGCACUGACUGUGGAAUCUGCAGAGUUGGUGGGGCUGAAAAAUUUUUCCACUGCAAGAAGUGUGGAUCUUGUUACUCUAAUGAAUUACGUGGCAACCAUUCAUGUGUGGAGAAUUCAAUGAGGCACAACUGUGCAGUUUGCAAUGAGUAUCUCUUUGAUUCCCUGCUAGAUACAACUGUAUUAAGGUGUGGGCACACCAUGCAUGUAGAGUGUUUCAGGGAAAUGACAGAGCAUGAGCAAUACUCAUGUCCAAUAUGCUCUAAGGCCAUGUUUGACAUGUCAAAAGUCUGGAAGCAGAUGGAUGAUGAGGUUGCUGCAACAAUCAUGCCUGAAGAUUAUCGAUACAUGAAGGUUUGGAUCCUCUGCAACGACUGUAGUGCCACCAGUGAGGUUUUCUUCCAUGUAAUUGGGCUGAAAUGUCAGACCUGCGGUUCAUACAAUACACGGAAAACAGCAACACCCACUGUCAACGGUGAAAUUGCUCAAUGAGAGAUUAUUGGUGAAGGAACCUCGGUAUUGUUUCUAACCUAUUUCAUUGUUGGUCAUCAAAGCAAAACUGUUUCUGUGAUGUAUGAAGGGACUCAUUGGAAUCUGGCAACCAAUAAUCUUCUUGUAACUAUCAAUUCUUUUUCACUGAUUCCAUCAAUGGUUGCUUCACUCGGUAUAAAUUGACUAUGUAUCAUUAUGAACUUUGUAUUAUCGGUCAUACCUGAAAUACAGGACUCUCUCUCUCUCUC